GUCAUGUCUAUUCAAUUUACUUCCUGUUAGCGAUCCCUAGUGUGUGGUGGUGUUGCAUUUGAUAAUUUAAUCCGUGUUUUAGCUGUUAUCCUAGCUAUACCUCGUUUAUUCAUGCUUAGGUUGCUGUGCACUACUAUUUUGUGCGUAAUUCACGUUUUUACAUUGAUCAGCAAUGCGAAAGGACAAGAGUUUACAGAGCUGGAGAUGGCACACUACAGGGAGAAAAUCAAGUCCAUGUUUUAUCAUGCAUACAACAGCUACUUGGAUCAUGCUUAUCCAUAUGACGAACUGCGGCCCCUGACCUGUGAUGGUCAGGAUACAUGGGGCAGUGUUUCACUGACUUUGAUAGAUGCCCUGGAUACAUUGCUGAUUCUGGGGAACCACACUGAGUUUCAGCGUGUGGCAACUCUGCUUCAGGACACUGUGGACUUUGACAUCGACGUCAAUGCAUCUGUUUUUGAGACUAACAUUCGAGUGGUGGGUGGUCUUCUCUCGGCCCACCUGCUGUCCAAGCGUGCUGGGAUGGAGGUGGAGCCUGGCUGGCCUUGUUCUGGACCCCUCCUCAGGAUGGCUGAGGACGCAGCACGAAAACUCCUCCCUGCGUUCCAGACGCCCACAGGGAUGCCAUAUGGCACAGUGAACCUGCUUAGAGGGGUGAACCCUACAGAGACCCCUGUCACCUGUACUGCUGGAGUGGGCACCUUCAUCCUGGAGUUUUCAGCCCUUAGCCGGCUCACUGGGGACCCCGUAUUUGAGGACGUGGCGCGCAAGGCCCUCAGGUCACUGUGGAAGACUCGCUCUGAGAUAGGACUGGUGGGGAACCACAUUGAUGUGCUCUCCAAGAAAUGGGUGGCCCAGGACGCAGGUAUAGGGGCCGGUGUGGACUCGUACUUUGAGUACCUGGUUAAGGGCUCUAUCAUGCUACAAGAUGAGGAACUGCUGUCAAUGUUCUUAGAGUAUGACAAGGCAAUUAAAAACUACACCAAGUUUGAUGACUGGUACCUGUGGGUCCAGAUGCACAAGGGAACGGUCUCUAUGCCUGUUUUCCAAUCACUGGAGGCCUUCUGGCCAGGGCUACAGAGUUUGAUCGGUGAGCUGGACAGUGCAUUGAGGACUUUCCAUAACUACUACACAGUGUGGAGACAAUUUGGAGGACUGCCGGAAUUCUACAGUAUUCCACAGGGGUACACUGUAGACAAGAGAGAAGGAUACCCUUUACGGCCAGAGCUGAUAGAGAGUGCCAUGUACCUGUACAAAGCCACUGGUGACCACACCUUUCUGCAGCUCGGUCGAGAUGCUGUGGAGUCCAUUGAGAAGAUUACACGGGUCCCCUGUGGCUAUGCCAGUGUGAAAGACAUCAGAGAUCACAAGCUGGACAACCGCAUGGAGUCCUUCUUCCUGGCAGAAACCAUCAAGUACCUCUACCUCCUGUUUGAUCCAGAUAACUUCCUUCACAACAGUGGCCUGGACUUUGAGCUGGGCACUGGCCCCAGUGAGGACUGUGUUUUGGGGGCAGGGGGUUACAUCUUCAACACAGAGGCCCACCCACUGGACCCUGCUGCCCUUCACUGCUGCAGCCGCAAGCAGGAGGAACGCAGAGAGCUGCAGGACAUCCUCCUUAACCUGUCAGAGCCCCUCCCCAGUCCACAGGAUACCCAAUCACAGGAGACAGACAGUGAGACUGAGCCACCUGUCAUGGAUCCUUCAGAAAGUAUAGCUCUGAAGCCUGGGAGCAGGAGGAAAGCCCCUCUCCUCUCCUGCCCUAUGCAGCCCUUCAGUGCACGGCUAGCUGUCAUGGGUCAAGUCUUCACAGACUGCACAUGACCUGGACUUACAAAUGUUUUCACUUUUUGAAGAUUACAUUUAAAGAUGGAAUCCAUCUCGCCUCUGUCUGCCCCACAGUCGUUUUUUGUUUUUGUCAACGAAGCAGAGAUGGGGAGCAGAUAUUCUAUGUAUGAUAGUAACAGGAUAUACAGAAAGUUUGAGCUACUAUUUUCAUUUUACCCAUAGACCAGUCAUUACACUAAUGCUAGUUAGCAUGGGCUCGCGAAACUACCUCUAACUUCCUUCUUACUGGACACAGAAACAUAAAAAUGGUAUUGACGAGUUCAGGGCAUCAUUGCCAAAAUCCUGAAAUAUCCAGCUUUUAACUGAACACUGAAAAUUUGAAGAUGAUUUACUGUGGUUUUCAUUCUACAAAAUGCUUUCUGAUUCAUGGCUUUGCCCUUGGUUUCUGAAAUAUAUUGUAAUAUAGGCAUGUGGUUAGGAAAGGUAUGAAUAAAUAAUAGUAUGCAUUAAACAUUUUCAUACUCAAGUGAUGGAACCAAGGAUGUAUAUAAACUCUUGAUUACUGAGUGUAUUCGGAAAGUACUUUCCCACAUUUUGGUACAGUACAGCUUAUUCUAAAAUGGAUUCAAUAAUCCACACGCAAUGCCCCAUUAUGACAAUGCGAAAACAGGGUUUUAGACAUUUUUGCAAAUCUAUAAAAUAAAUAAGAAAACAAACCUUUUUUAUUCAAAUCAAAUUUUAUUUGGCAUGUGCCGAAUACAAUGGUAUACUUUACCGUGAAAUGCUUACUUACAAGCCCUUAACUUACAGUGCAGUUCAAGGAGAGUUAAGAAAAUAUUUACCAAGUAGACUAAAAUAAAAAGUAACACAAUAACGAGACUAUGUACAGGGGGCACCAGUACCGUGUGUGGGGGUACAGGUUAGUUAAGGUAAUUUGUACAUGUAGGUGGGGGUGAAGUGACUAUGCAUAGAUAAUAAACAGCGAGUAGCAACAGUGUACAAAAAUAGUGGAGGUCCAUGUAAAUUGUCCGGUGGCGAUUUGAUUAAUUAUUGAGCAGUCUUAUGGCUUGGAGGUAGAAGCUGUUGAGGAGGCUUUUGGUCCUAGACUUGGCGCUCCGGUACUGCUUGCCGUGGGGUAGCAGAGAGAACAGUCUAUAACUUGGAUGACUGGAGUCUCUGACAAUUUUAUGGGCUUUCCUCUGACACCGCCUAUUUUAUAGGUCCUGGAUGGCAGGAAGCUUGGCCCCAGUGAUGCCGGGCAGUUGCCAUACCAGGCAGUGAUGCAACCAAUCAGGAUGCUCUCAAUGGUGCAGCUGUAGAACCUUCUGAGGAUCUGAGGACCCAUGCCAAAUCUUUUCAGUAUCCUGGGGGGGAAUAGGUUUUGUCGUGCCCUCUUCACGACUGUCUUGGUAUGUUUGGACCAUGAUAGUUGGUGAUGUGGACACCAAGGAACUUGAAACUCUCGACCUGCUCCACUACAGCCCCGUCGAUGUUAAUGUGUGACUGUUCGGACCGCCUUUUCAUGUAGUCCACGAUCAGCUCCUUUGUCUUGCUCACAUUGAGGGAGAGAUUGUUUUCCUGGCACCACACAGCCAGUUCUCUGACCUCCCUAUAGGCCGUCCCAUCGUUGUCGGUGAUCAGGCCUACCACUGUUGUGUCAUCAGCAAACUUAGUGAUGGUGUUGCAGUCAUGCUUGGCCACACAGUUGUGGGUGAACAGGGAAUACAGGAGGGGACACACCCCUGAAGGGCCCCAGUGUUAAGGAUCAGUGUGGCAGACGUGUUGUUGCCUACUCUUGCCACUGGGGGGCAGCCCGUCAGGAAGUCCAGGAUCCAGUUGCAGAGGGAGGUGUUUAGUUCCAGAGUCCUUAUCUUAGUGAUGAGCUUUGUGGGCACUGUGGUGUUGCACACUGAGCUGUAGUCAAUGAACAGCAUUCUCACAUUGGUGUUCCUUUUGUCCAGGUGAGAAAGGGCAGUGUGGAGUGCGAUUGAGUAUUCGUAAGUAUUCAGACUCGAAAUUGGGCUCAGGUGCAUCCUGGUUCCAUUGAUCAUCCUUGAGAUGUUUCAACAACUUGAUUGGAGUCCAUCUGUGGUAAAUUCAAUUGAUUGGACCUGAUUUGGAAAGGCACACACUUGACUAUAAGGUCCCACAGUUGACAGUGCAAGCCAUGGGGUCAAAGGAAUUGUCCUUAGAGCUUCAGACAGGAUUGUGUUGUGGCACAGAUCUGGGGAAGGGUACCAAAACAUUUCUGCAGCAUUGAAGGUCUCCAAGAACACAGUGGCCUCCAUCAUUCUUAAAUGGAAGAAGUUUGGAACCACCAAUACUUCCUAGAGCUGGCUGCCCGGCCAAACUGAGCAAUCGGGGGAGAAGGGCCUUGGUCAGGGAGGUGACCAAGAAUACGAUGGUCACUCUGAAAGAACUCCUGAGUUCCUCUGUGGAGAUGGGAGAACCUUCCAGAAGGUGGCACCAUCCCUACGGUGAUGCGCGGUGCCACCAUCCCUACGGUGAAGCGUGGUGGCAGCAUCAUCCCGUGGGGCUGUUUUUCAGCAUCAGGGACUGGGAGACUAGUCAGGAUCGAGGGAAAGAUGAACAGAGCAAAGUACAGAGAGAUCCUUGAUGAAAAACUGCUCCAGAGCACUCAGGACCUCAGACUGGGGCAGAGGUUUACCUUCCAAUAGGACAAUGACCCUACGCACACAGCCAAGACAAUGCAGGAGUGGCUUCGUGACAAGUCUCUAAAUGUCCUUGAGUGGCCCAGCCAGAGCCUGGACUUGAACCUGAUCAAACAUCGAUGGAGAGACCUGAAAAUAGCUGUGCAGCGACACUCCCCAUCUAACCUGACAGAGCUUGAGAGGAUCUGCAAAGAAAAUGGGAGAAACUCCCCAAAUACAUGUGUGCCACCCUUGUAGUGUCAUACCCAAGAAGACUCAAGGCUGUAAUCGCUGCCAAAGGUGCUUCAGCAAAGUACUGAGUAAAGGGUCUGGAUUCUUAUGUAAAUGUGAUAUUUCUGUUUUUAAACCUGUUUUUACUUUCAUUAUGGGGUAUUGUAUGUAAAUGUAAUACAUUUUAGAAUAAGGCUGUAACGUAACAAUGUGGAAAAAGUUAAGGGAUCUGAAUACUGAAUGCACUAUGUUUUAAUUGAAAUGUAUGGCUUGCAUCUUAUCCGCUCAUUCUUCCCUUGUCAUAGUUUGUACAUCUCAAUUGUUAUAUAGCUUAUAUAGGUCUAUCUUAUUAAUCAUUUUAGGCAGUGUUGGAAUUAUUUCAUUGUUUUGCUUACUUUGUGUAUUAUAAUUAGCUCAUGUGCUUUUCUCCUCGAGGAGCGGAUACUAUAUGUUGUUGGGCCUGUAACCAUGUUUGCCAGUGACGGUCUCUUCCCAUUCAAAUAUUUGUUUUCAACAAAGUUCAGUAAUGACCCAAGUAAUUACAGUUGACAUUGGUAGGGUUGUUUUUAUUUGCGCAGUGCGUUGGUAUAUUGUCUAUAAAAGUGGGUCAACGUGAUUGUAUUUUCCUUCCUUUUUAAGGCCUAAUAAAAUACUUAAUGGUA